ACGUGUAUAUAUAUAGAGAGAGAUAGGAGGAUACAAUACAAUGGCAACAUCUCACACUCUGCCUUUCUUUAAGGACCCGUCUCGCGCGCUCGUAGUAGACCUCACCUCAGUACACAGUCCAUGGCUGAAGCAGCAGCCAUGCGAGCUGUGCUUGAGGCGCCCGGCGUUAAGGGCCUGGAGGUGCACCGCCUCCCGUGCGACGACGCUACUAACGACAAGGACGCCGUCACUGGUCUUAUCCGCCGCAUUGUUGUCACGGCAGAUCCUCCGGUGAAGAGCGCGUUCAGCGUGCUAAACCUCGGCGAGGUGGUCGAGCUGUUCGCGGCGUGGCGGCGUGGGCUCAAGGGUGUGCCACCGUACUACGCCGUCAAGUGCAACACCAACCCGGCGCUGCUCGGAGCCCUGGCCGCUCUCGGCGCGGGCUUCGACUGCGCCAGCCCCGCCGAGAUGGACGCCGUGCUCGCGCUAGGCGUCACCGCCGACCGCAUCAUCUACGCGAACCCAUGCAAGCCCGAGGCACACAUCGAGCACGCCGCGCGCGUCGGCGUUGACCUCACCACCUUCGACUCGGUGGAGGAGGUGGACAAGCUGAGGCGCUUCCACCCCAGGUGCAGGCUUCUGCUCCGGCUCAAGGUCCCCGACGCCGGAGACGCCGCCCGGUGGGACCUGGGCACCAAGUACGGCGCGCGGCAGGAGGAGGUGGCGCCGCUCCUGCGCGCCGCGCAGAGCGCGGGCCUGGCGGUCUCGGGCGUCGCGUUCCACGUCGGGAGCGCCGUGUCCCGCGUGGGCGUCUACGACGCUGCCGUGGAGGCGGCCCGCGCGGUGUUCGACGCCGCCGCCGCGCGCGGCAUGCCGCCCAUGCGCAUCCUGGACAUCGGCGGGGGCUUCAUGGCCGGCGCCGCCUCCACGUUCCAGGACGCGUGCGACGUGAUAAACUCCGCGCUGACGCGCCACUUUGGGGACGUCCCCGGCCUCCAGGUGAUUGGUGAGCCAGGGCGCUACUUCGCCGAGACGCCGUUCACGCUCGCCGCGCGCGUCUUCGGGAAGCGCGCGCGCGGCGAGGUGCGCGAGUACUGGAUCGACGACGGCUUCUACGGCACGCUGUGCUGCGUCCACGUCGAGAACUACGUGCCACGCCCUGUGCCAGUGUCGAGUCGCGCUGCCGCCGGAGACGACGAAGGCGGAGAGAGUGAUGAGACACACCCGUCGACGGUGUUCGGUCCCACGUGCGACUCGUUGGACGUGGUGGUGAAGGGUUACCAUCUGCCGGAGCUACGCAUCGGGGAUUGGCUUGUGUUCCACGAGGUCGGCGCCUACACCACCGUGCUGAGCUGUAAUUUCAAUGGCUUUUCCGCGUCCGACAUGAAGACCUACGUCGCCUACACCUACUACUCUGUCUAGAUUUCGAUCUAGAACCCUCGUUGUUGUUGUUGUUGUUGUUGUUGUUGUUGUUGUUGUUGUUGUUGUUGUUGUUGUCGUUGUCGUUGUCGUUGUCGUUGUCGUUGUCGUUGUCGUUGUCGUUGUUGUUGUUGUUGUUGUUGUUCAUCUUGCACGCGCCUGCAUUGCAUACUGGCACGUUAUAAAUAAGCGUGGAUCAACCGGGAGUCCAUCCCCCUCCCCCGGCCACCCCCAACCGAUGUGGGCUGGUUUUAAUAAUUGGGGGAAAUC